CGGCUCGCCGUCUCAUCGUCAUCGGUUCGUGUUUAGCAGAUUCCCUAAUCAAUCCAACGCGCACGCCACGUAUGUACAUACACGCGUGUAUGCAGCAACACGUCUCUCUUUCUCUCUCGUGCACGACGGGAAACGCGUGAUUUUCGAAUUUGAAUCGCACGUGCGUAGAACGUGCGGUGCGGGGGAAAAAUGCGCACUGAUGCCAACGGUACGCAUCACACGGCCUCGAGGUUCCCAAAUAGUGUAAACAUGGCCUCGCGGUUCAGUCACGGUGUCCAGCGAGUUCUAGCGAAAUUAGAGGCUUCGAUAAGCUCGGAGAACUAUUAUGAGGCUCAUCAGAUGUACCGAACUUUGUAUUUCAGAUACCUCGGUCAGAGAAAAUACUCGGAACUCCUGGAAUUGCUUUACAAUGGCUCGAUGCUUCUGUUACAGCACGAACAGCACGCAAGUGGAGCCGACUUAGGAAUUCUAUUUGUCAAUGUUUUAACACAAUCUGGAACGGUACCUGCUCAAGGCUUCUUUGAGAAGAUCACAAGCCUGUUCAGUUUAAUGAGCCCCACAUCUCCCGAAAGGGAGAUAUUUGUUCAAUCUGCACUUAAAUGGAGUGUAAAGGGUACAGAUUACAAAACUGGUCAUCCCGAUUUGCACCAAAAGAUAGCUCAGGUCUUUUGGAGAGAGAAGAAUUACAUAAUGGCAAGGCAACACUUUAUACAUAGUAGAGAUGGUUCUGGAUGUGCUGCAAUGUUGGUUGAACUUCACGAGCAGCGUGGAUACAUGAACGAAAUAGAUCUUUUCAUAGCUCAAGCAGUUUUACAAUAUCUUUGUUUACAAAAUAAGGCGACGGCGCAAGAGGCCUUUAAUUCUUAUACCUCAAGACAUCCAAAAAUAAACAGUGGCCCGCCAUAUCUUCUUCCUUUAUUAAACUUCUUGUUUUUCUUACUCAAAACCAUUGACAGUGGUAAACUAGCUGUGUUCACAGUUCUCUGUGAACAGUACCAGAUAUCUUUAAACAGAGAUCCAUGUUACCGACAGUACUUAGAUAAAAUAGGUCAACUUUUUUUUAAUAUUCCUCCUCCGCGCCCGCGCAAUCAAGGAUUAUUCGGCUCGUUAUUGCAAUCCUUCUUUAAUGGCCUGGAGGAUGAUGAUUCGGAUGACGAGCAACGAAAUACAGCCUCAACAUCGCACGCCGCGCAAGAGCUUGAUUGAUUAAAGGUGAGGCAACACUGUGCAGUGUGAUGCUGAAUACCGAACUUUUAUAUAUUAUUCUUCGACCCAAAUAUUUUCACUAACUGCACCUGUGUUAAUCGACAAUGAAAUUUCAAGUUGUGAACGUUACGUUCACAAAAGAAAGCUGACAGAAUUGCUGUUAUUUGAAGUAAUUCUAAAUGAUGUAGAACCAUGAGAGUACAUGGGAUGAUGACUUCUUAUGGGAAUUUAUCAAAGUUGUAAGUUAUGUACACUGAAUUCACAAUAGUAGAAUUCAGAUAGAAAUCUUAUUUUAUACACAUCUAUGUAACUUUCUAUAUUCUUUUUAGUCAAAUAAGAUUUAUGUUCUGUGCAAUAAAAAGAUACAUACUUUGGAACAAAAGUCUACAAAUUGAGUAUGUUUCAAAUACGUAAUUACGAUGUAGAAUUAUAUGUAAAAGUUUGAAAGAGUACGAAUUGAGUUUAUGAUAAAAGUCAAUAUUCACAAGUACUCAUUCUGUACAUGCUGUUAUGAAUUCAGCAAUUAUACUUGGACUUUGAAUAAAAUCCUUGCCAUUAGCUACGACUUGUAUACCAUGCAUAUAACCACAUGAAUAUAUACCUGCGUAUAACUGCUGGAUCGAAAAUUUAUUUUAUAUAAACUAAAAUGCGUGUGGACAAAUAAAUGUGACAUAAUUGUAGCUUCCGAAAAAAAGAAUGCUUACUAAAAUUGCUUGUUGCUGAGUCAUCAAGAAAGAAAAUUAUAUUCAAAGCAACAAACGAUAUAUUUAUUUAUUGGAUUCUAUACUGAUAUGGGGUAAUAGUAUAAAAUAUUAGAGAAAAACAAAUACAUGUAUUUAAGGAAAUAAAACGACCAUAACACUGGAAUAAAAAUCGUCACAGCAUUAACUAAUAAAAGUAAUAUGAUAUUGCUGUGUUAAAUUGAAAACGGAAGCAUGGACAACAUUCAACUAAUAAAUUUAGCUUUGUAAUAAAUAUAUCUCUUUAGAAAUAUAUGUAGGUAUAUUGAGUAUUCUUCAUUGUAUUUUAUUGUCUAUUACGUUAUCAGAAUUAUUUGAAGCAAAACUAUUAUAUUAAUAUGUGAUAAUGAUAAAUCGUUAUAAUUGAUAUUCGUGUUAUAGAAUAAUUGAAGAAUUCUAUUCUUUUUAAUUAACUUUUUGUAAAAAUUAAACAAUGUAUAUUAAUUCGAAAAUCAGUAAUAUAAAUUGUAUAUUUAACAUUAUACAUUGAAACAUGUACUGUUUUAAAAGGGAAUACUCUAUAUAUGAAUAUCACAUCAUCAGAUCAUGUAUGAGAUUAGUUUUUUUUUUGAAGAAUUAAUUUAGGUAUUAUAUUUGUAUAAAUCACUUCAAAAAUAUAAUAACAUAACGGUUGCUCGAUAUAUUAAUUAUUAUCUAAUAGCAGCUCCUCCUUUGUGUAACCAAUAGAAAUGUUUAAUUUAAUAGCUGUAUGCGAAUUGAGCGAAAUGUGCAAAUAUGCCUGUCAUCAUGUUCCUAAUGAAAAAUACUAUUUCACAAGGUAAUGAAUUAUACUUACAAAACUUA